AUGGCAACCAACGAUCCAACCCCCUUCCAAUCCAUCCCCUGGGUAUCAACUCUCCUACAAGACCCCACCUUCACAACCCUCACUAUCCCCUCAAGAACAAUCAAACCCUCCACAGAAGACAGCCUCUUCUCAAAAACACUCAACUCAAACACAACCCUAUCCGCCUGUCUCAGCCAAUACCGCCCACCACCUUCCAACCAGUCUUCCACCCCACAAAAUGCCCUCGCCGAAGAACUGCGCAUGUUCUUCCUCAUCGGGUCCGAUCUAAACGGAUACCCCGGCAUCCUGCACGGUGGUGUCGUUGCCGCACUGCUAGAUGAAGUUACCGGCCUCUUGCUAUCUUUGAAUGGCCAUGUAGGCGAUGCGUCGACUCGGGAGGCGAAAGAUGCGCAGCCGGGUCCGGUCACUGCGUAUUUGAAUACGAAGUUUUUGCGUCCUGUGCCGACGCCUGGGCCUAUUCUUGUACAGGCGAGGAUGAUUGAGGUUAAGGAGGAGAGGAAGUGGAGGAUUGAGGGGAAGAUUCGGGAUGGGGAGGGGGUGGUUCUUGCUGAGGCUGAGGCGUUGUAUAUUAGACCGAGGGCUAAGAUUUAG